AGGAUGUUGUUGUACGUUUUUAGAGCCACAGUGAGGGUUAGUUGGUGGAGUUUAACUUGUGGGUGAAUGUCAGCUGUGGCGCACUUUUAAACUGACUGUCCAACAGAUCCACUCGACUGCGGUGCUCAACCUGUGAACCCCAGCUAUUAAGUGUUUAUUUGGCUUGACUUUCCCCCACGCCGAACAGACCUCGACUUGUUUACAGUCCUUGUUCCUGGCAACAACGUCACCGAAUCUAUCUGACAUCCCGGGGGCGGGGAGCGACGGCGAAACAACCAAUCAGUGCGUCCGAGCGGCUGUGGCCUGCGGCUCAGUGCGCACAGGGAAGCGGAUCAUAUAAAUAGAGCGGAGCUGCGGUGCUCAGCGCUCUAGAGGAAACUGAAGGGAAGCUCUGGUACGGAGCACUAAAGUGUCACCUACACACGAGUGGAAUGAAAACAUCUGAAUUAAUCACUGGACUCCGCUUUGAAUCCCGCUAAAGGUAUAAAUCGACGACUUGGUACAGUACAGUUCCACUAUUUGGAAGUUUUGCUCUGUUUUUGAUAGUUUUGAUCUUCAGUGUGUUAAUUCAGUGGGACUUUGUGCUGGAAAUUGAAUCAUUUGGGACACUGAAGACUCGGUGUUUAAGCAGCAUCUUUUCAGCGCACUCUUGUAUUUGACUGUCUGAUUUGAAAUAUGUCCACAAUAAUGGAACAGCCUUUUUAUGACGACUCGUUUCUCUCUGCUUAUGGCCAUCCAGGCGCAGCCCUGCCAGACUACAAGCUGCUAAAGCAGAAUAUGAACUUGAACUUCUCCGAGUCAUAUCGGAACUCAAACUUCAAGUCCCAGCACCUGCGCGCCGACAGUGAUUUCUAUCCAGCGGGGGCCGCAGACGUGGGCUCCCUGAAACUGGCCUCUCCUGAACUGGAACGGCUGAUCAUCCAGAACAGCAACGGGGUCAUCACUACGACACCGACACCCGGCCAGUACAUCUACAACCGCGGCAUCACAGAGGAGCAGGAGGGUUUCGCUGAGGGUUUUGUUAAAGCACUAGACGACCUACACAAGAUGAACCAGAUGGCGCCUCCAAACGUGUCCAUCGGCACAGGUGGCGUUGCGUGCUCGGCGCCCGCCUCUGUGUUUGGCUCAUCCAUGCAGCCAGAACCGCUCGAGUACACCACCCUGAGCAGCUGCACCACCAACCACAGCCUGUCCUCUGCUGCCAGCUACCCCUCCACCACCAUCAGCUACCUGCCCCACCAGUACCACCAGCACCCCCAGGCCAUUGCGCACGGCUCUCACCAUUUCCAACAGUCUGUGGCCGGGACGGGCAUCCACACACAGCGCUUCGGCGGCUUAAAAGAGGAGCCUCAGACGGUUCCGGACAUGCAGAGCAGCGACAACGGGUCUCCGCCAAUGUCCCCCAUAGAUCUGGAGAACCAGGAACGCAUCAAAGCGGAGCGAAAGCGCCUGAGGAACCGGCUCGCCGCGUCCAAGUGUCGGAGGCGCAAACUGGAGCGCAUCGCCCGUCUGGAGGAUAAAGUGAAAGUGUUGAAAACAGACAACGCCGGACUGUCGAGCACGGCUUCAGUACUGAGAGAGCAGGUGGCCCAGCUCAAACAGAAAGUCAUGACACAUGUGAGCAGUGGCUGCCAGCUCAUGUUAGCGCCCAAAGUCAAGUCUUACUGAAGAAGCCAUGCACUUUUCCAAACACUGGACAUGAACUGCACUGACACAGCACAGACAGUCUGAACGCACACUGUCUGUCUGUCUGUGAACUGGACCAUUAGGCUCCUGGACAUAAAACAGGCCUAACCUCCAGCCUAAAGACAUCAUUCCAGACUAAAACACUUUGGGGCAUUUUUGAACAAGUUUUAAAAGUGUCGUGUCACUGCCUGUUUACAUUUUACUUUAAUUGCUAUUUGUGAUGCUUUUGUUGUAAGUUAUUUGUGUUUAUUGGGUUGAGCCUGGUAAGCCUGUCCUUUUUUUUUUUUUUUUUUUUUUUUACUUGUAUAGUAUAUUUAAGUAAAUGAAUUUAUGAAAAUGAA